AGAGACAUGGAAACCAUGGUUUUAAUUUCUGUUUCUACAUUCAGAAAGGCAGGGAAUGACGGCGGCGACACGCAUCGAAAGCCUGAACCCCUCUAACUUUGACAGAGGGAUGUCCCCUGCAUCUGAACUUCACGAAUUCCGGAUAUAUGUUGCAACAUGGAAUGUGGGAGGUAAGAAUCCCCAUAUUGGCCUCAACCUCGAAGAUUUCUUGCAGAUGGAGGGCUCUGCUGAUAUAUAUGUCUUGGGGUUUCAGGAAAUCGUUCCUCUAAAUGCAGGAAAUGUUCUAGUGAGUGAAGAUAAUGAACCUGCAGCAAGAUGGUUAGCUCUAAUAAACCAAGCACUUAACAGACCACCGGAUGAAUCAAACAGCUAUUGUUCUGAUUCAAACAAUACUUCAACUCACACCAAAGACUCUAAAUCUCAGGGAAAUCUCUUCUUCCAGAAAGCUUCCCUCAAAGUCAUGAGUAGGAAUUUAAAGGGAGAUAGUAGACGCCUUAAGAGCUGCAACUGUUCUUCAUAUCAGGAGAGGAGAAGACCAACAGAUAUGUCUGAUGAUAUCAUUCAAAGAGUUGGAACUUUGAAACUUCGCCAUAAAAGUGAAGAUUUGCUUUCUGCUGCAGAUGAACUGUUUUUUCCUACCCAUAUGAACUAUCGCCUUAUAGCCUGUAAACAAAUGGUGGGCAUCUUCCUUUCUGUGUGGGCAAAGAAAGAACUGGUGCAACAUAUUGGUCACCUCAGACUGACCUGUGUGGGGAGAGGGAUCAUGGGUCGCCUUGGUAACAAGGGAUGUAUAGCAAUUAGCAUGACAUUAUAUGAAACGAGCUUCUGCUUCGUAUGUUGUCACUUAGCUUCAGGAGAGAAGGAGGGAGAUGAGAUCCGAAGGAACUCUGAUGUCUCCGAGAUCUUUAAGAGUACGCAAUUCAACAGGAUGUGCAAGAACCGAAGGAUCCCUGAGAGAAUCAUGGAGCACGACCGAGUGAUUUGGCUGGGGGAUUUGAAUUACCGGAUGGCUCUGAGUUAUGAAGAAACGAGGGUUCUGUUGGAGGAGAAUGAUUGGGAUGCUCUUCUUGAAAAAGAUCAGCUGAAUAUGGAGAGGGAAGCUGGAAGAGUAUUCACUGGAUGGAAUGAGGGAAGGAUUUUGUUUGCUCCCACCUACAAAUACUCUCACAACUCUGACUCUUACGCUGGAGAGACUGUCAAAUCCAAGAAAAAACGUAGAACCCCUGCAUGGUGUGAUAGAAUAUUAUGGUAUGGCAAAGGAAUGGAACAAGUAUCUUACAUCAGGGGAGAGUCAAGAUUCUCAGAUCAUAGACCCGUUUGUGGUAUCUUUGUAGCAGAAGUGGAGGUAAGGGACAAAAGCAGAUUCAGGAAGGGAUUCUCAGUAGUUGGUACGAGGAUGGAGUAUGAGGACUGCAUACCUCAGAGACAUAGUUUCUAUGAGUUUUAAAAGUUUCUUUCAUGCCUACUGUAAAUUACUCUUAAAAGGUACUAUAGAGACCACCUUCAAUUGUACAUUCUAUAUUCAUAUUUAG